GUUAACCAGAUUCAAUCAAAGAAACUGGAUGCCAUAGUGAUUUUUCUCUAGUAGGUGGUUUGGAACUUGAUUUUAAGGUGUUUUCAAUGUGAUUUUAGUAUUUACAGUAAUAAAUAAAAUUUAUACAAGUUUCAGAGAACUACCAACUCUCUUUGGUGAAGAUGUUUUGGGUUGUAAUCUUGGCUUAGUAUUAGUUUAGCCCUGAAAGAAGACAUCAGUCCUGAUUUACCCCUUUCCCUUCUACAUCUGCAAAUAUUUUAUUUCAAAAUGUAUAAAAGGACUUUUCAAGUUAAGAGAAAAGGGAGAACUUCAUCAAAAGUAUGGCCACUUAGUAAUUGCAGGGACUGAACGUUGUUUGAUAGUUAACUGACUUAAGAGUAGGCAUACAUGGUUUUUCUGCCAUGUUUUUUCCCCUCUAGAAGAAAUACCAAUAGAGUUUCUUUUUCUUUCUUUUUUAAAACAAGACAGGGUCUUCCAUGUUGCCCAGGCUGACCUUGAAUCUCCUAAGUCCAAGUGAUCCACUUUUGAGUAUUGGGAAAACCGGACUGUCUCCUACUCCCAGCCUCCACUUUCAGUUCUUUAUACAAAAUUCAUACUUACAGAAAAAUUUUCAGAGAACUUAUUGUGACAAGUCAUUAAAAAGGAAAAUCCUAAUGUAGACUUCAUUGUUUUUUUUUUUUUUGGAAUUUUUGAUUUGGUUUGAUGAGAAUAGGAUAUUUUGAUUUACUUUGAAUGGGUCUAAUGUUGAGAGGACAGUAAGUCAAAAUUAAGUGCCUGCUUGCAUUGCACUUUGAGUCUCCAGAUGAUCACAUCUGGUCUCUCUUUUUUAUAAAUUGUCCCCACUUCCAAGUGGCCAGUGGUUUGAUAAAGUGUCCAAUAAUGUAAAUGGUGGAUGAAAGAGCUUAUUUGGGUCAAUAUAAAAUAUGAGCUAGCAUUUACUUAAAGCUUAAUGUGUGCCAGGCAUCAUUCUAAGUGUUCCCAUGUGUUUAAGUGCUCGUCACCACACUGGGAGGUAAGUAGUAAUCACCUCCUCUUAGAGAUGAUGAACACAGGUACAAAGAAGGAAAUAAUGCCUUACAUUCAAAUUAGGAUCAGCCAAGAUCAAAACAUGAACCCAGAGCUAGUGGUCCUUAACAUAGCUUGUGCUGUGUGAACCAUGCAGUCUUGGCAAGGUUUCUCUGUUUACAGCGUUCCUUCAGGGUUGUUUGAUUACAUACCACUUAAACAUGUUUUCCAAGGUCAAAAACAACAACAACAACCAAAAAAGAAAAAAAACUCACCAAAAGCAUCUAAAACAUGACGUUUUCUCACUUGAUGUUGACAGUCUAAUGCAUUCUGGUCUCUGUAGCAUGUGAUUUCCCUGUGCAGCUGAAAUAACCCUUUUCUGGGUUAUCCAAAACAAGGAAAUUCCCUUUGCUUUUUCGAGGUGCUCCAGUUACAGAGUUUCUAGCCCUAGUGUCACUUUAGCAGAUGUAGGGUGGUUGUGGCACACAACACAAUUACCCCCGCCUCCCUGCUUCAGGUGAGGGCAGACAUGUUAUUGAUGUCCUGAAUUUGCUGUUCUGCGGGUUUAGGAAUGAGUUAAUUUUGUGGAAUUGCACAAUGCAAGGAACAUAAUGUCAUUCAAGAAACACGCCUUUUCUCCAUCUUUACAAUAAAACGGUCAGCAUGUAAGGAGGGAAUCAGAGGGUUGGCAGAGUAUUUGGCAAUUAAAGUUUAAAGGACUAGUUUAAAUGCUCCAUGUCUACAAACCAAAGCGGUUCCUUUAAGCGGGGGUGGAGCUGCCGCUUCCUGGAGCUGAAAGAGUGGCCAGCCUCCGAAGUGUACACCUCACAGUGACGCUAAACGCCGGGACGUUUUCUGGGUUGGGCUUCGCCUGCGCUGCCUGGGAGCGUCUCCGGGUGCUGAGCGUGCGUACCGCCGCCCCCACCAUCAGGAGUAAGACAUGGUGUUGUCGGAGCUGGCAGCCCGCCUCAAUUGCACAGAAUACAAAAACUGGGUGAAAGCAGGACACUGCCUGCUGCUGCUACGCAGCUGCCUGCAGGGUUUCGUAGACCGUGAAGUGCUCUCCUUUCAUCGUGGACUGCUGGCUGCAGUCCCUGGCCUUGGUUCCCACGCCACGUGCCGCGGCGGUUCCCGGUGCAGCCCGCGCGCUCGCCAGUUUCAGCCUCAGUGUCAGGUAUGCACAGAGUGGAAACGCGAGAUCUUGAGGCAUCACAUCAACAGAAAUGGGGACGUGCACUGGGGAAAUUGCAGGCCAGGUCUCUGGCCCGUGGACCCUUGGGAGGUGGCCAAGGCCUUCAUGCCCCGAGGACUGGCAGACAAACGAGGACCUGAGGAAUGUGAUGCCGUUGCCCUCUUAAGUCUCAUCAACUCCUGUGAUCACUUUGUGGUUGACCGGAAGAAGGUCACAGAGGUGAUUAAAUGUCGAAAUGAGAUAAUGCACUCUUCAGAGAUGAAAGUUUCAUCUUCUUGGCUUCGAGAUUUUCAGAUAAAGAUCCAAAACUUUCUGAAUGAAUUCAAGAAUAUCCCAGAGAUUGUAGCAGUAUAUUCCAGAAUAGAACAGCUGUUGACAUCUGACUGGGCUGUUCACAUCCCUGAAGAAGAUGAACGAGAUGGGUGUGAAUUUGAAACAGGAAGUUACUUGAGCAUGAGCCAAAUCCAUGAAAUCGAAAUAGAAUUGCUGAAGGAAAAACUGCAAGAAAUGUAUCUUCAAGCAGCAGAAGAAGAGGUGUUGCCAGAAGAGAUCUCAAAUCAACUAGAUGUGGUGAAAAGAUUUCUGAAAAGCAACAUAGAUCUUAGAAAUGGCCUUACAGAAGACGUGCAGAAACUAGAAAGCCUCCAUCUACAGUAUCAAAAACAAACUUCAAAGGAUGCAGGGAGACAGACACCUGAAAGGAAGACUUGAGAACUGUGUAGAAGCCUUGUACUGUUGUAUGCAGUAUUCUGUGGAAGUCAGAUUCAUCACUUCCAUGUCUCCUUUGAUCUGCUAAUUCCCAGGGUCUUUGGCAUUAGACUGCUUCAUGUCACCUCUGGAUGUUGCUGUGUUCCCUGAAUUACCUAGAAGAAACGCUCCAUGCCAAGGUUCAGCAGAGAUGAAUUCACUCCCUCACCUGGCUAGCUGCCUGCCCACAGGAACCCUUCCAGAGUGGGUAGCCAUAGAGACUGGAUUUGGCAUGUGUUUUCUCUUUAUAACCCAAGUGAAUGCAAGUGUGCUUGCAGCUUGCUUAUUUAUCUUCCAUGUUGCUGUUUUCAGUCUUAUGGUUUCUUUCUCCCUUCAUUUGUGAAAGUCCUUGCGAAGACUUCAAAUAAAGCAAUAUUUUGCAUUUAUUUUGCAACUUUGUCAAAGGAAAGAAAUCAAUUCCCUUCUAGAUCUGAAGUACAAAACAUAGAAUCUUGAUGCACUAACCCACAAGGACCUGGUUUCUAACUGUAGGAAGUUUGAGAUCCAAACCUUUCCUUUUACUCCUGUCUAGUUAGUUUGUCCUUAUCAAUUCAGCACACACCAAGUGUCAACCCUGUGCCAGACACUGAAGUAGAUACAAAUGUAACAAGUGGUAAAAUCCAGUCUUACCACCUUUAUCUGCCACUCUGACAGUACAGAGGUAUUCUUCAGAGAACUACACUAGUAACAUUUCAUUGAAUUGAAACAGAAAAAGGAUGGCCCUUGUUCAAAGGGCUCUAAAGCAGAAGUGAAUACAGAGGUUCUGCCAGCAUCUCUUCCACAGAACUGUACAUGGGUAUGUCCGAAUGGAUGUUCACAAGUAGAGGACCUACUAAAUAAGGUGUAGAACAUCUGUACUAUGGCAUAUAACUAUUCUAAAGAAUGAUCCCAUACUGAAGUAAGUAAUGUGAAUUACCUGUAAGGCAUCUAAAAAGUAAAGAAACAGUUUGAGGAGGCGGGGUGGAGCUCAGUGGUAGGGCAUGCUUGUCCAGCAUGUACAGUGCCUUGAAUAGAUCGCUGUUCCACUGCCAAAAGCAAAUAAAUAGAAAAGCAUUUUUAAUAACCCCUA